GGAUUUCCCACUCUACUCUACCAGAGUUCGUAUAGCUUCAGAAAGAGUCAGAGUAUAAGCUCGAUCAUAAGUUGAUAUUUUUAAUUAAAUAUUUAUAAUAAAAUAUAUAUAUAAUAUAUAUAUAUAAUAUAAUAUAUAUGUAAGUGUAUAUAUAUAUAUAUAUAUAUAUAUAUAUAUAUAUAUAUAUAUAUAUAUAAAUAUAUAUAUAUAUAUAUAUAUAUAUAUAUAAAUAUAUAAAUAUUCAAGUGUAUAUAUGUAUAUUUAUAUAUUAUAUUUAUUUAUAAUAAAAAGUGGUCAAUUCAAAAUUGAAGCAAAAUUACAACCAUGGGUGGUGAGUAUAUGUAUGCUUAAUUUUUCUUUUUAUGCUGUCAUUAUCUUCUCAAAAUAUAUCUGUUAUUUAAUAGUAAGUGAAAUCACUGAUCAAUGUUAUUAGUAAUAUAUUUUAUAUACAAUUUUUUGAAUAUAAUAUAAUAAAUAUAUGUUGGAGAAUUCAUUUCCUUACUUGUUUUUAAACUAUUACGUAAUGAGUGUUUUCUAUCGUAUGCAAAUAGAUCAUGUUUGUUAUUUAUUUCAUAGUACUAUACUAUACUUUCUUGUGUUAUAAAUGAAUUACUUGACAAUUUUGUGAGGUACUCUGUAAUCUAUUCUGGCAUGUGUUGCGUAUAUUUCAUUUGAAACAACUUGGAUACUAAUUUGAUUUCUUUUCUCCAGAUUAUUAUUUAAAGGCUAACUAUACAGUAAAGAAACAGCUUGGUUCUGGUGGAUUUGCUUCUGUUUAUUCAGCUACUCGUAAGAAGGAUAGGUUAAUUGUGGCUCUAAAAAUGAUUAUAAAGUCAAAAAUAACGAAAUGGAGCGAGUUUGAAGGAGUAAGGGUUCCAAAGGAGGUUAUGCUUCUUCAAAAGGUUCAACACGUUGAUGGCGUAAUAAAACUGAUUGAAUAUUUUGAUACAGAGGAGUGUUUUGUACUAGUUUUGGAAAGACCAAAAUCGGUAGUUGACCUUUUCGAUUAUAUAUCAGGAAAGUUAGUGAUUGACGAAGAUGAAGCAAGGAGAUUUUUGAAAGAGACUGUCAAAAUUUUGGUAGCUUGUCAUGAAGCAGGAGUUACUCAUCGCGAUCUGAAAGACGAAAAUCUACUGGUCGAUUUGGAGAAUGGUAAAUUAAAAUUAAUAGAUUUUGGAUCAGGAGCAUACACAAAGGAAACGCUUUACGACGAGUACGAAGGUACAAGAGUUUAUAGUCCACCAGAAUGGAUUGUUCAUAGGAGAUAUUUCUAUGGGCCUAUGACAGUCUGGUCACUAGGUAUAUUACUAUAUAACAUGGUCUGUGGAGACAUUCCUUUCGAGAAGGACGAACAGAUAAUCAGGGCAGAUAUUGAAUUCCGCGGCAAAUUGAGUAAAGAGUGUAAGAACCUAAUAGAAAAUUGCCUGUCUGUUAAAUGGAUAGAUCGACCUAGUUUAAAGGACAUUCUAAAUCAUCCUUGGACAACUAACCAAAAAUGCUUAUAAUUAACCCAUCUCUUUCUCUUAUGUAUAUUUAUAUAUUUUAUAUGUAUGACCAAUUGAGAAUGAACUGUAAUUCAAGAAACCUCUUCUCAACAGGACAAUUUUUUGUUUUAAAAACAAACUGAAAUGGCAUUUUAACAAUGUUCAUUGUAAGUUUUCUUAUAAAGUUUUUCAUUAAAAAUAUUUCUAUGAAUUCUUAUUUUUAAACGAAAUGUACACACAGUGCGUAAAAAAUAAAAACAAAAUUUUAACUUCGUAGUUUCCUCUUGAAGCAGUUGUCUACAGUAUGUAUAUUAAAUUGAACAGAAUAUAUAAUAUAUUUCUUUAGGUGUCGACA